GUUGUUAUGAAUCCGCUAAUAGGACGCCGCCUCAAAAUGCAUGUUACCCGACCAUCUCCCGUCCUCCUCACGCCGCGCAAGCUGGAGCUCAGAUCAUCGUUUUUUUCUAAAUAGCUGAUGGCCUCCGUGGGCGCACCCACAACGAUCUUCCCUAAAGACACGCUAAAAAUAAGUAUCUUUAAACGAGAACAAGUGAAAUUAUCACGGGGUUUUAAUUACUUCUAGGGACAAGAAAGCGGUUGGUUCCUUCACACGGUCUCGGGAAUGAAACGAUUUUAUCUUACAUCUGGCGCUUUACGAAAAGUAGCAGAACACUUUACGAUUGUAGAAUAGCGCUUUGUUUUUUCACGUGAUUGUGUCAGAUGCUGUGUAUGAUGAGUGGGAUUAUGUUGACGUGUACGCGGUAACAAACUGGAAUGAAAACUGUCUAAACCCCCCCUGAUGCGGGACAGUGGCUGAUUUUGAAACAUGUACUGACCCAUCGCCACCUCCGCACCUGUGCUUUCUUCACCGGAUAGCCUGCCAAGCUUAUGCAGAAACAGGCUGAAGAAGGCCGUUGAUGGAGGGUGAUGCUGUUUUCACAGCAGCAGUGGCUGAGGCAGAAGUUCUCUGUACUGGGUAGCUUGGUUCUUGGGAGUCUUUUCUUUCUAGUGGUUCGAGAGGGCACUUUAGACAGACUGCACCUCAUCUGCCCCAUUAAGGACAGACUGUGCCCUUCAGAUACAUCAGGGCAGAUGCCUUUACAUACCUUGCAGCUAAAGCAGGCUUUAGGUCUUAAGCUGCACAGGAGAAACAGCAUAAGGGAGCAACUGCGAACGCACCGCCUCAUCAAGCAGCUGCCCAGAGCCAUCAUCAUCGGAGUGAGGAAAGGUGGAACACGUGCACUGCUGGAGAUGCUCAGUCUUCACCCUGCUGUUGUCAAGGCCUCCCAGGAGGUCCACUUUUUCGACAAUGAAAAGAACUAUGCUCAUGGUGUUGACUGGUACCUCAAAAAGAUGCCCUUCUCUUUUCCACAUCAAAUAACUGUUGAGAAGAGUCCUGCAUAUUUCAUCACUGAGGAGGUACCUGAGAGGAUAUUUAAGAUGAAUUCCUCUAUUAAACUUCUGUUGAUUGUGCGUGAGCCCACCACCCGCACCGUUUCAGACUACACACAGGUCCUAGAGGGCAAAGAGCACAAGAACAAAACAUACAACAAGUUUGAGGAACUUGUGGUUGAUUCCAAUACUUGUGAGGUGAACACAAAGUACAAGGCUGUACAGACAAGCAUCUACAGCAAGUACCUAGAACACUGGUUAAAGUUCUUUCCCAUUGAGCAGUUUCACAUAGUUGAUGGAGACAGCCUCAUCACAGACCCACUUCCGGAGCUUAAGCUGGUCGAACGAUUCUUAAACCUUCCUUCACGAAUCAGCCAGUACAAUCUGUACUUCAAUGCCACACGUGGCUUCUUCUGCUUGCGCUUCAACUUCAUGUUCAGCAAGUGUCUGGCGGGUAGUAAGGGCAGAAUCCAUCCAGAUGUAAAUACCUCCAUCAAGGAAAAACUGUGGCGCUUUUUCCAUCCAUUUAACCAGAAGCUCUAUCAAAUCACAGGCAGGACAUUCAACUGGCCCUGAAGAUUCCAAUAACAUCUGCCGUUAAUGUUAAG